AGCAACUGCAGAAGAAGAAAUAGGACGUCUGUCUCCAUUUGUUACCAGUCCGUCGGUUAAAACCAUCGACGACCUGGGCGACAAACCUCCGCAAUAUCGACACAGAGCUCAAAGAGCUAGCAAGAUACUAAGACACAAACAUGUGGGAUGGACCAGGACCAGGGCAAGGACCACGAGGAGGACCACCCUUUCGUGGUGAUCAUCGUGGAGAAAUGUUUGGCGGCAGAGAUCGUCCCAUGCCUGAUUAUAGAGGUAGAGAUGGGAUGAACAUGGGUCCAAUGGGUCAUAUGGGCCCAAGACCUCUAGAUCUGCCACCUAUGGACAUGAGAAGGAUGGAUGGGCCACCAAUGAGGGGACGUGAUAUGGACCCGCGUGAUAUGCGAGGUAGAGACCAGAGAGAUUUUUGCCGACCUGGAGAAGAGCCAGACUUCAGUCUUAGAAGGCACUAUGAUGUUUCCAUCAGAGACAAACUAAUGAAUUCUCCUGGCUUCCCGGGACCAGGAAGGAACUCAGUAGACAUGGGGGGGAGGGGUAUGCCACCACGGGAACCAAACAGCAGAUUUAUGGACAUGAGGGACAGAGAGUCAUUUCACUUUGACAUGCCACCGUACAACCAUCCAAAUAUGGAUGGAAGAAGAGAGUUUCCCAUGGACCGAAUGGAACGAAAUGAUGGAUUUAGGGACAUGCGGGACAGGCCCCCAAUGGGCAUGGGUGACUCUGAUGGCUAUGAUGUGGACUUACCGCCACGUGAAAGGAGAAUGAUGGACACUGACAGAAGAGGAGGACCGCCUUUCAAUACAAGAGGGGGAUUUGAUUCUGACAUGGAUUUCAGAAAUCGUCUUGGUCCAUCAGCUGAAUUUAGAGGUAGGGAUCGAUCACCCUUAAGAUUUGGAAACAGUGAUGGUCCUCUGGUGGACAGGGCAAGACCAGACAUGCCUCCAGAUGUUGCUGGCCCACCAAGAUCAGAAUUUAUGGGUGCAGAAGACCCACUCAGAGAAAGAGAAUAUCCAGACCUAAGUGGCAGCCCCCUUAUGGAUUAUCGAAGUGGUGAGGAGAUGACUCUUGCAGAGGAAUGGAAGAACCGUCGAAAGGACAAGAACCCUUACUUAGACAUGGGUAAAGGCAUGGGAGGUGUACCCAAACCUAGCUUUCCUGUGGAUUUUGGCAGAGACAUGAAUGUCAGAGAUCCACCACCAUUUCAGGAAAGGGACAGGCCAUCUGUUGACUUCCCAGGCAAAGAUGUCAGCUUUCCACGUGAUGAUUGCUUUCCAGCUAUGAAUCUACCACCAAUUGCCAGCAAAGCUCAACAAGACCAUCCACACCCAGAUAUAGGUCCCCUCACUGGCCCUCUAGGGAGAGAAAAUGAGAGUAAACAUUGGCUUGGAGAAAGGAACCCGAAGCACAGCCAGAAUAAAUCAAAUCGUGACGACAGGCCUCCUUACCAUCAAGAGAAGAAUCAGCCCUCACCUGCGAUUCAGGAGCCAAAUGAUUGUUUUAAAGGGCUGAAAGAUAUCCCACACAAUCAAGGACCUGCCAGGGCUAAGAUGGGGGUGGACCGUGAUUUCGAAAGCAGUAGCAGUGGACAGGCGAGAGACCAAGACUACAGGGACAUCGAUUACAGAACAGGGUCCGGGAGGGCUUUUGACUACAAGCGGGAUGCACUUCAUGCACCAGAGAAACUCAUCAAAGAGUCUAAACCAAUCACACCCUCAAAAUUUAGUGAGUCUGGUUCUCAGGAUCAGGACUACAGGAAUGCAUCAGUGGAGGACAAAGUUUCCAACACAAUAUCCAUAAUUGGCAUCCCAAAGACAGCCACAAUGGAGCAGAUUCUUGGUGCCUUUGCAGUCCGUGAUGGUGUGCCAAUGCAGGGGAUGAAAAUCAAAAAUGUGGUGCCAGGUUACAGCUACGAUACGGCCUAUGUGGAGUUUUUAAACCUCGAGGAUGCAGUCCGCUUCAUGGAGUCCAACAAGGGAUCCCUAAAGGUUGGCACUAGAACAACAACCAUGAAGUACAUUCAGCCAGAUGAGUGUGAAAGAAGUGUUCAUGAAUCAGAUCACAAAGUACCUCAACUCCAGGAGCCCCCGUUGCCCAGACAAGAUGAGCCUUUAGAGCAAUUAAAGACUAAUCUAAAUGGAUCCAAACCAAAAGGCCCUAUGGACCCAUUGUCCCACAACCAGUGGCAGCGUAGCUCUGACCUGACUCCCGAGGCCUGGCAACAGCAGGUAGACCAACAGCUCCAACAGCAAGAAACGGAGCAGCAGGCAGAGUCUUUGGCCAACCGCAAUCACUCUCAUCCUCUCUCCGUCUUUACAAACAGCAAAACCAUGAUUAUAAAAAAUGUGAAGCCCACCACCACAGUCAGUAUGAUUCUGAAAGCCUUGGAUCCCUUUGCAUAUCUGGAUGAAAGAAACGUUCGCCUAGUCAAGGCCAAGCCGCCAGGAGUCAAGUGCUUCUGCUUUGUUGACAUGGACUCUCACGAGCAAGUGACACGCCUGGUUGAGCUCCUCACUAAACCCAGACCCCUUUAUAUUGAUGGAGUCAGAGUUUAUGCUGAGGUUGCAAGACCUCUGAAGAACCAAAAGAAAGACGAUAAACCAAACAGUUCCAUCCUCGGGUAUCCACCUGAGCCUAGCAUGAUGGUGCAGCCACCGCAGCAGCAGCCGCAGCAGCAAUACCCUCAACCUCCACAGUACUUACAACCUCUACAGCCACCAGCUGGUGCCUCUGCUAUAAUGCAAGGUGAUUUGACGACAGUCAGCACAAACCCUGCUCUGUCAUCAGACCACAGCAUGGUACAGGGAGUUGGCUAUGGUGAGACUCCAGCUGUUGAUCCAUUGUACCAGGCUGGUGGACCCCAUGUGCCCACAGAAUCAGCUGGGAUGGCAGUUGCCGCAGACGGAUCACAGCCCUAUGUCUAUGGCCCUGAGGUUCCAGACAUCACCAACUACUUGUACGAUUCGACGUCAGGCUUCUACUACGACCCAGAGACGACCCUGUACUAUGACCCCAACUCAAGGUAUUUCUACAAUGCUCAAACCCAAGAUUACCUGUACUGGGAUGCUACAUCAAAGACCUACAUCCCAGUUCCAGGAGGGAACCCUGCAGCGACUCAACCUAUGCCCAUGACUGCUGAAGACCAGGCUAUUCUUUCCAACCCAGCAGCAGAUGCUCCUUUGGAAAUGAAGAAGGUAUCAGGGUCUACCAACACAGCAGCAGCUCUGGCCCAAGAUCCCAUUCCUGAUGCUGCCUCUGCUCUGGAGCCUGUCCAAACUUCUUCAGCAGCUCCUGAAAAGAAAGACGAGGAAGACUCUGCUAAAAAGGAGAAAGAGAAGGAUAACAAAGAGGAAAAGCCAAGAAGUCUUGCUGCUGUCAAGAUCAUGAAAGAUAUGGAGCGCUGGGCAAAGAUUCAGAAUCGACAAAAGGAAAGCGUCCGCUCUGCAUCACCGCUGCUGAAGACCGGAGGGGACGAUGAAAGGAGGCAGUCCAAGUCAGCUGAUGCUGGUUUUGCCAUCUUUGAGAGGAAGAUAUCAGGUGCAGAUGAUCUUUUUAAGAAGCCCCUUGCUCCUCCUAAGAAAGAUGAAAAGUCAAAGCGUCCAAUGGGCUCCCUGGGAAUGCUGGCAUCGGACUAUGCAGCUGGCAGUGAUGAAGAGGUGGAAGAAGAUAAGGAGGAUGCAGCUAAAAGCAGUCAGGGUGGCCAGCCUGAAGACAAGGACAGCAAGCUGACAGACUGGAAAAAGAUGGCCUGCCUGCUGUGUCGGAGACAGUUCCCCAACAAGGACGCUCUGAUCCGCCAUCAGCAGCUCUCCGACCUGCACAAACAAAAUAUGGAGAUCCAUCUAAAGAUCAAGAGGUCAAAGAAGGAGCUAGAGGCACUUGAGAACCAGGAAAAAGAACUAAGUGCCAGAGAACCUACCAGGUCGCCUGAGCAGAAAAGAAGAAAACACCAACAGCCGCAGCAGCAUCAUAACACCUGGGCUGGGAGCUCCAGGGAGACGAGUAAAGUCAGUGAAAGACCUGGUUUAGGAGCUGAACCUGUCCCGCAGAGAAAAAAGAAAGAGCCCGUCGUUUGGAACCAUGCCACCUACAAACAAGCAGUACGCAAGGCCAUGUUUGCACGGUUUAAGGAACUCGAGUGAUCUCAUCUGAACACAUCCUCACUUUGAUAUGUGAAUUAUUAAUAUGACAUGCUUGCCCACCUUAGCAUGAGAAAUCCCGUGACUGUUUUUACUGUCUCUCUGCCUGAGACAUUAUUACAUUAAAGAAACACAUUUUUUUUCUACACUGAAAUGAAAAAUGAUGUGUAUAAAUCACAUCACAAGGUUAGAGUUGCGAUACAAUGAGUAAAAUCAGGAAUUAUUUGAUGCCCUUAACAGUUGAUGUUGUAUAAAAAGUGUAUAUUA